GCGGCCGUUGGAGGCGGCGGUUCCUGCGGGGCCGGGGCCCGUGCGAGCCGCCAUGUACUGCGAAAAGGCCUUAGAGUUGGUCCGCGAGCUGCACCGCGCCCCUGAGGGACAGCUGCCGGCCUUCAACGAGGAUGGAAUCAGACAAGUUCUGGAAGAGAUGAAGAUUUUGUACGAACAAAACCAGUCUGAUGUGACUGAAGCAAAGUCAGGUGGCCGAAGUGAUUUGAUCCCAACCAUCAAAUUUCGACACUGCUGUUUGUUAAGAAACAGACGUUGCACCUUAGCCUACCUGUAUGACCGGUUGCUUCGGAUCAGAGCGCUCAGGUGGGAGUACGGCAGCGUCUUGCCCAACACCCUGCGGUUUCACAUGUCGUCUGAAGAAACGGAGUGGUUUAGUCAGUAUAAAAAAUCCCUUGCUACUUACAUGAGGACUCUGGGAGGAGAUGAAGGCCUGGACAUCACGCAGGAUAUGAAGCCUCCAAAAAGCUUAUAUAUUGAAGUGCGGUGUCUAAAAGACUAUGGAGAAUUUGAAAUUGAUGAUGGCACUUCGGUCUUACUGAAGAAAAAUAGCCAGCACUUUCUACCCCGGGGGAAGUGUGAGCAGUUGAUCAGACAAGGAGUUCUGGAGCAUGUCCUGUCUUGAGCAGGAGUGUGUGGUGUCCUCCUGCUGUUGUGCGUAUGCCCUGGGGCUGCUGGGACCACUACUGAGAGCGCCUGAAGCCCACCUGCCCUGUGCUUGUCACUAGGACAGCCAGGAGGACUUGGACAAGACCAUGUUUGCUGUUAAAGAACUGUUUUCUGUGUUGUAGGUCAUUGUUCCUACCUUGUUUUGUAAUAUACUGUACUGUAGUCCUGACAUUCUGUUUAAAAUAAAAAUAAAACAUUGUUCCAUG